AUGCGGUUGGCAACAUGGCUAACGUUUGCCUUCGCGGCCUUCGCGGCCAGCGCUGGCGCCCAGAACAUGCCAGAAUGCGCGGCCAACUGUCUCGCCAAGAGUCUCAAGGAUUCAAGCUGUACCGCGACGGACGCCGAGUGCAUAUGCGCUGACAAUACAUUGGUGGCCAAUGUCGAGGCUUGCUCACUGAGGGCCUGCACCGUGAUUGAAGGACUUCAGUCCCAAAAUGCCACGGCUACGCUCUGCCAGUGGCCGGUCCGUGACAAGAGUCUUGCCGUCGAUAGUAUCACAGUUAUUAGUAUUGUCCGGUUCUCGGGUCUGCUGAAGUACUCUACGACGUCAAACAUGACAUACAAGGCCGAGCCCUACCCUUCUCAGCGUUUACUUUAA